GCUGUCUCCAUGUCCUCCCCUCCUUCCCCCAUCGGAUGAUUCCCGGGUAAUCUCAGAUGCACUGGUACCGUACAGUACUCCAUGCGUGCAUCCAUCGAGCCUUGGGGAUCCGAUAUCAGACUCCGCUUUCAUCACCAAUCCAGCAUAUUUACGAGCAACGAGCAUUCGGGAACUGCAAGCCAUCAGCUAUGAGUUAUUGUUGAUUCCACUUGAUAUCUCCUCACAUCCAACCCUUCAACGCUCUGUACCUCCCGCCAUGUCUUCAGCUCCACAGCAAAAACAGGGAGCCUCCCGCUCCGUUCAGCCUCAUCACACGCCUUUGGAAGAACAAUCAGGAAGAGGCGCCAUGUCAGAAACAUCAGAGGACACAACGCAUGAGGAUGAGCAGGGCGUAGCGCUGGAUUCGUGGGUCAACUAUUCCAGCCAACUACAUGCAUCGCCAGCUUCUCCUCCAACGCCUGACGCGCCAGAAGUCGAACCUAAAAAAUGCUGGAUCUGCCAAAUGGACGAGACAGAGGACGAACCAAAUACAGUAUGGAAGAAAGCAUGCCCAUGUUCCCUAGACGCUCACGAUGAAUGCCUGCUCGAAUGGAUCGCAGACGAGGAAAGACCAAAGACGGGGGAAAUCGCGUCGCCUCAUAAGAUCGUAUGUCCUGUUUGUAAAGCAGAGAUCAAGAUCCAGCGACCUCAAGAUCCUAUCGUCAACUUCUUCGAUAGGACCCAAGCAAUGGCGAGGAGACUCAUAAUACCAACCGCUCUUAGUGCCGUUUUCGGAUGCGGCUAUGCCGGCUUAUUCGUCUACGGAGUAAAUACAAUAUAUGUUGUUUUUGGACAUGAGGAUGCGGCGAAGAUACUGUUAAAUAUGGGGGAGGAUGCUGGUCUUGCGGUUCCACGCCCUAAAAGUCCAUUGAAUGCCCUAUGGAAUCUCAUGACUGGCACAGAUCCGUUUUUCUCUCAUCUGUACGGGCCAUUAAGACAUUGGAAACCAUGGGCUACUAUACCUUUGAUUGGCCCAGCUAUAGUACUGUCAAGGACUAAAUUAUCAGAUUUUGUCUUUCCUCUUAUGAUUUCAAUUGUACGUUAAAUUCUCUUCAUCCUUGUACUCUCAAACUAACGUUACUUUUCAGUAUUUUAUCAAUCCCUCACAUCGCGACAUCUAUCAUUGGCCCCCUUCGCCGGGUCUUAUAUUCGCAACCCUGCCAUAUAUUCGAACAGCCUACAAUGAGUUUUAUCGUUACUCAUUCGCUGCUUUGGAAAGAAAAUGGGAUUUGGCCGUCCAAAGAAAACCUCGCGAGGGCGAAACGGCAGAAGAAAUCCGUCAGCAAGUGGAAGAUGACAAUGACCGUGCUAUUUUCGAGCUCGAAAUUGUGGACGAAGCUGAAGAAGCACCUCCUGGACCGGGGGCAGAUGUAAAUUGGCAAGGGCGAAUUCCUGGAGGUGCUGGGAAUCAGAACGCACCAGUUGCCGGUGGACAAGGCGAUGGCGCUGCCGACGAAGGCGAUGAACGCCCUGGAAAUCGACAAGUUUGGGGGCUGCAACGAAAUUGGUCUAUUGCACAAGCGGCCAUCAAGAUUACUGGUGCGUUAGCUUUCCCAGCUAUCUCCUCAAUGAUGGGGAAUUUGCUAGAGAUUUUCUUGCCUGCAAAAAUGGUUGGGCAACGCGCCCUUCGGUUCCGGUAUGGUCCAACUGGGUUCUUGCAUUCGAAAUGGGGUAGGACUGUUGCUGGUGGAUGUCUCUUUGUAUUAUUGAAGGAUGCAGUGACGUUGUAUUGCAAGUGGAAGAAGGCGCAGAUCUUCGACAAGAAGAAGAUAAUAGAUUAUGUUCCUCCGGCAAAUAGGAGGCGUAAUUGAAAUAGGAGACAAGUGCAAGUGUACUUUAUGGGUGGCAGAAUGUCACAUGGGUGUAAUAAAGCAUUUAUCGGAGUUAUUUGGGGACUUGGAUGCCUGCUUUGGACUGCGGUCAUUGAGCAAGCGUCGAGCGGUUUAUGAAUAUGAAUAUGAGUAAAUGUAUAUUGAACCAUCAAGUAGCUUGUUUGGGCCAUUUCCGCGUUACUGAGGCC